GAACACGAUGAGCCCGGCCAUGACAAUGCCACCAAUAAUGCCAAGGAUGAGAGCCAAUCUAAACACGAAUGGGAAGAGACGCCAAGGUCACUACUGAUAAUAGUUGUAUCCAAGAAACCACCAACCCCAGUCAGACAAAAAAUUCCCGACCAAAGCACGGCUGAGAUUCUAAAAUGGUCAAACGCCGAGGAUCGCAAACGUGACCUUGAACUCGCACGAGAAAAAACUGGCCCAAAGAGGAACUGGCAGGAAAAUAUGAUCACCCCAAAUCAACCGGUUCUAAGGUGUGUGGACUUUGUUCCCGAAUUAGCCUCUAGCCCGUCUGAUGCUUUGUUAGCCCUAUCGGAGUGGCCGGUCGAGCCGGGUUUGGCAACGUUCGUUAUCGCGGCACAGGCAUCUAACAUAUGCAAGGACGCUAUUCGUAGUGUUGUACAGUAUAAUUUUGAGGUGGAUGUUGAGCCCUGGCUCGUUCACGGGUGA